AUGGAUACAGCACCCGAGGAAGAGCCUAAACCAGUUCCAAAGACGUACGAUGCCUUUUUAACAGAUAUAGUAGGGCAGAGUUGGUACCAAAUUUUGCAUUGCGGAGCAUUUAUCGUUGGAAGUACCUUCGCUUAUUGGCAACCCCAGCUAACCAACUUUACUGCUGCAUACAUGAACCACUGGUGUAAGGUCCCUGGACUUCAAGGCAGAUUCAAUGAGACAGUUUCCAAGAGUUUAAGCAUUCCUUUCACAACAGAUGAAUCUGGUGAUGGUGGGUUUAGUAAAUGUCACAUGUAUGCAGUUAACUUCUCUGCUUACACAGACCAAGAAUUACUCAAUGGAGCCCACAAAAUCAAUGCUACAACAACAGUGUGUGAUGCUGGUUGGAAUUUUGACACUUCACAGUAUGAGUCUACAUUAAUGAGUCAGUAUGACCUUGUAUGUGGAAAUGAAUACUUGACUACAUUUGCUGCAUCUGCAGCGGUGCUGGGAUUCGUGUUUGGUGCUUUAAUCUCUGGUCAAGUGGCAGAUAGAUGGGGACGAAUGAGAACAUCACUAGUGUGGACGAUUCUAGAAAUCGCUUUUGCAAUAAGUACACCAUUUUCACCAAAUUACAUUUUGUAUCUUAUUCUGAGGGCACUAUCAUGCAUGGCUUCAAUGGCAGGGUAUACAACGCAUUUUACAACUUGCUUGGAGGUUUUAACAUCCAAUGGUCGGAAUGCAUUUGAAAUAGUUAAUACUGCGACAAGCAUCAUCAGACUUGGCACAUUACCACUGACUGCUUUCUAUGUGAGGAAUCAUAUUACUCUACAACUUGUAGCAGGAGGACUCAUCAUUUGUAAUGCUGUUGUGCGAUGCAUAACGCCAGAGUCUGCCAGAUGGCAUUUGUCCAUAGGGCAAGUUAAAGCUGCCACAAAAGUGACCAGAAUCAUGGCAAGAGUUAAUGGAAAAGAAGUUCCAGAGAAUCAUGAACAGUUAAUGGAAGGAAUUGCAGAGGAAGAACGGAAGAAAGAAGGAGGAAAGAAAGCAAUCAUUUUCGACUUGUUCAGGACGCCAAGGAUGAGACGCAUUACAUUCAUUGUCUUUGCAAUAUGGUUUGCUUGUGUAUUUGCUAACUAUGCAGUACAGUUGAACAUCGGAACACUUAUUCCUGGAAAUGUGUACCUGAAUAUGUACAUAGUCUUAGGGCUAGGGCAAAUUAUGGUAUUACCAAUCAAAUAUGUAGUUUACUACAAAAUUGGACGAGUUAAGGGAUUGGUGCUUGCUCUAAUCAUCUCAGGAUUAUUUUCAUUCAGCAUGAUUGGCUUUGUCAGGCUGACAAGCAUACCAGCUUUAGCUGCCAUUGCUUCAUUAAUUGGACUAGCAUUUGCAGCUACAGCUUUCAAUGCAGUAUAUCUAUACAGUGGAGAGAUCUUCCCCACGCCAGUCAGAGCUGCAGGGUUGGGGGUAGGAUCUAGCAUUGGUAGAAUAGGUGGACUCAUUGCACCACAAAUGCCACUUCUGGCUAAAACAUGGUAUGGAUUACCAUAUCUCGUAAUGGGAAUUAUACCAAUCCUUACUGGCAUCAUGGCCGUCCUCCUACCAGAAACAAUGGGCAAGACUUUACCAGAGACUCUAAAACAAGGUGAACUAUUUGGAAUAGAAAGGAAUGAAGAAAUCUUGAGGGAGGGACACGUAGAACAACAUGCUGUGGAAAUGACUGAAGUCACAAGGAACGAAACUGCAAACAAGUCAACAUCUAACCAGCUAUAUUUACCCUUACUACAGCGAUCUACCAAGGCAUGCUGA